AUGGAUGAUGAUGACUUUUUUGCAUUGGGACUUGAACCCGAUCACGGCCCACCCGAAGCUCAUGAACGAUGGAAGAAUUCCCCAUAUAUCCAUAGCAAGAGCCGCAAGGUGCAGCCUAGUCUUCUCUUUCGCUACGAUGAUCGAAAACCUGAAGAUAUCUUCAACCAUGGCUUUAAGACCAAGUUGGAGUCGGGUGGCGGAGACAUUAUGUCUGCCUCAUUCGUCGUUAGUCGUCAUACUGAUUUCGCAUGGGACGAUACGGCAUAUAUAUCAUUUAGUAGAUCACUCCAGGCCGUACUAUCGGGCGCCCAAAAUAUUGCACAUACCGGAAAAGCCAAGUUUUUCGGCGUUGAAGACUGGCUGAAGAUCCAAGAACACGGACGCCAACAUCAUGACGACGCAACGUAUCACGAAAGGAACGGCCCCCCACCACCUGCAGCAGAAUUACCCGAGCCAGCAUAUAAAACUGAGAAAUGGGGAUAUAUCGUACGACCAAAUUCAAAAUUUAUAAGUUUUUUUGGAACCCUUGGACCGGCUGGCUUCUCCGAAAAGGAGUUUAUUUCCGAGCAAGAUUAUGGCUCCAUAGGACAUGUUAGUUCGAAUCGAAUUAUUGGUGCCUUUAGGGUAAGCGAUGGGCAGUUGAUGGUACAGUUCAAUCUAAACUAUGACCACCGGUUUGAUAGCCAGCGGGCUAGUAAAGGAUAUCCAGGGCUUGCUUUUAUAAACGAUAAAGCGAUUGCCGAACAGAUUAUCAACGGAGCCAAUCGUGACGACGAACGACUAAAGGCACUUUAUAAAUCUCCAAUCCCCACCGAGAACUUGGAGACUCCAAUGCCGCUCUCUGAAGUAGUUAAGAAGUUCACCUUACAUACUCCUCGGCAAGAUGGUUCCCUUCAGAAUAAGGGUAGUGGGCAAGGGAAGCUGGGGGGAGCUGGAGAUCUUGUCGAUCAAAAUAAAGAUGGCCAUAGGACUACUAAUAUCGGAGAUGGUUCUAGUCGGCAAGAUUCCAAUCCUGACCCUGAAAAACCUACCGAGAAUCGGCAGCAUGUCUUAAAUGUCGACCCUCAAGGACCAAUUGAUUGCGCUGGCGAUAAUGAUUGUAGCCUGCGAACAUCAAAAACCCAGUGUCGAUUAUUCCGCCGAAAGGGAGUCGGAGGUCGCCUAAGAAGCUUUUUUUGGAGGUAG